AUGCGGUUUUCGCUAGUCGACCGAAUUGUAGAACUCGAACCGGGCACCCGGAUCAAGGCGGUCAAGAAUGUAUCGCUGGCCGAGGAGUACCUCGCAGAUCACUUCCCAGGCUUUCCUGUUCUACCUGGCGUGAUGAUGCUCGAGGCGAUGACUCAGGCUUCGGCCUGGCUCAUUCGGCACAGCGAAGACUUUGCGAAUAGCAUCGUGGUGUUGAAAGAGGCACGCAACGUAAAGUACGGCAACUUUGUGGAGCCCGGCCAAUCGCUGGUCGUGACGGCACAAAUUGUUAAGCAGGGCGAAGACGAAACGACUUUGAAAGCCGAGGGAGCCGUCGGCGACAAGAAGCACGUGUCUGCAAGACUCGUGCUGAAGCGUUACAACCUGGCCGACGAAGACCCUGAAAAAGAGAUUGCCGACACGGUUCGAAUCGCCCUAUUGUCCCAGGCGUUCAUCCGCCGAACUGCUAUCGUGACCGGCGGCAGCCGUGGCAUCGGUCGGGCAUGCGUGCUUGCCCUGGCGGCCGAAGGGGCGGACGUGGUGUUCGUGUACCAAAGCAGCAAACAGGCCGCCGACGAACUGGUGGCCGAAGCCAAAGAAGCAGGGCACACCGUGCGAGCUUUUCAAGCCGACGUGCGAGAUAGUGCCCGGGCGCAUGAGUUGGUUGGUCAACUGGCCGAAGAGUGGGGCCACAUCGACAUUCUGGUCAACUCCGCCGGCAUCGUCCGCGACGGGCUGUUCGCCUCGAUGGAACAGAGCGGCUGGGACGACGUGAUCGGUACGAACCUGACCGGCACGUUCAACUACUGCCACGCAGUGACUCAACCCAUGAUGUCGAAGCGGCGGGGAAGCAUCAUCAACAUCUCCAGCGUGUCGGCGGAGUUCGGCAACCGCGGGCAAGUGAACUACGCCGCGAGUAAGGGUGGCAUCGACGGAUUGACCCGAUGCCUGGCCGCGGAGUUGGCCUCGCGAAAAGUGCGCGUAAACGCGGUGGCCCCCGGGAUGAUCGCCACCGACAUGAGCGAAGCAGUGCGGAACCUGGCACCCGAUCGAAUCAAGCAGGCCAUCCCGAUGCGACGUGUCGGCGAGGCCGAAGAAAUUGGCUCCGUGGUUGCCUUCCUGGCGAGCGACGAUGCGAGCUACCUGACCGGACAAGUCAUUCGUGUGGAUGGAGGAAUGAGUCUGUACCAAACGAUGCCAACAACUGAGCAGAUUUACGACGAAGUGAAAGACGUUCUAGUCGAAGCCCUGGGGGUGGACGACGACGAGAUUUCUCCCGAGGCCACCUUGGUAGGCGACUUGGGUGCCGAGUCGAUCGACUUCCUCGAUAUCGUGUUCAAGCUGGAAAAAGCCUUCGAUAUCAAGAUCCCCCGUGGUGAGUUGUUCCCGGAAAACAUCCUGACCGAUCCGCAAUACAUCGAAGACGGCAAGUUCACCGCAGCGGGUCUCACCGAACUGAAGCAGCGGAUGCCCUUCGCCGACUUGGAAGAGUUUUCGAAAGAUCCUCGCCGCGAAGCGUUCCAAGACCUGUUCACCGUGGAAACCAUCUGCAAGUACAUCCAAACGAAGGCGAUCAAGAAUCUCUCCUUGGCCGAAGAGCAUCUGCACGACCACUUCCCGGGCUAUCCGACGAUGCCCAACUCGUUGAUCGUCGAAGGACUGGCGCAAACUGGUGGGAUACUCGUUGGUGAGAAGAGCGGAUUCGAAGAGAAGGUGAUUCUGGCCAAAAUCUCGAAGGCCGAAUUUCACUUCGCCGCCGUGCCGGGCGACACGUUGACCUACACGGCCAACAUCGAGUCGUUCCAAGAAGGUGGUGCGGUGAUCUCGGGCACUUCGCAUGUGGGCGACCGCCUGCAGGGCGAGGUCGAGAUGUUCUUCGCCUACCUCGACGAUGACCAACGGGUAAAGAACCUGUUCGAGCCCAAGAACUUCGUCUUCACGAUGAAGCUGCUGGGGGUGUUCGACGUGGGCAAGGCCAGUGGCGAAGGUGUGCAUGCCCCGGCCUGGGAGAAGCUGAAGGCGAUGACCGACUCGGAAGAUGUGUAA